UAGUCAUCAAAACCACCUUCUUUCUCUUUGAACAUACCAUAGUUGAAUCAGUUUCUCUUCCCUACAGACACCAUGAGCUUCAAUCUACACUUAACUGUUCAUGCGAUUGAACAACUCCCUCGGAAGAAAUUAAAGGAGCUCAACAUCAGCAGUUUAAAUCUGAGGAUCCAAUGGAUCGGAGACGGGAAAAAACAUGGCUUUUUUGGUAAAAGGUUCAAGAGGAGUCACACCUUGAAGCAACAAAUCCAAGAUAAUGGCAUUGUUCAGUGGAACGAAGAGUUCGAGCAGGUUGUCAACCUCAAAAGGGACAAUUCUGAGAGUUUCAGAAGUUGGAACAUCAAUCUACAAGUUCGAGGAAUGGAUCAGAGAAUGAAAGGUAAAGAACUGAUUUUUGUCGAGGCCAAGAUAGAUAUUACUGAGUAUUUUCCAGCAGAUAGUGGGAUGAACUUGAGAAUUCCAGUCAAUUUCAAGAUUGGAGAUUGUGAAGCUGCAAACAACUGA